AUGCCCGCGGUCGUCGAGGCGAUGGCAACAACACCGAAUUCCGCUAUGGACAAUGAUAAGAAACGCAAUAAGUUGGGAUAUCAUCGGACAUCUGUCGCAUGUGUGCAUUGCCGGCGUCGCAAGAUUCGAUGUUUAGUCGCGGCGGACGAUACUCAAGGUCGAUGUGAGAAUUGUAUUCGGCUACGUAAGGAAUGCCAGUUUUUCCCAGUCGAUCAGCAACCGCCAAUUGAGAAGAAGUCGCGGCCAAGUUCGCGAUUGGAGUCGCAACCGGGGGAUCACUCGGUGACAACGCCUAUUUCAUCUUCCCCAACCAACUUGAACCCGGAUUCCGUCGAAGCUUUCUAUCCGUAUUCGCCAAUGUCAAUGAAUGCGUCUUCCGGGCAGGAUAUGACCGGAUUUAACCCCGCUGGAUAUCCUGCAACCCCGAUGUCGGGAUUCCCAACUGCCACAAUAGCCGCCAACAAAGGACAAAUGAUGAAUCUCGCCCCCGGUGUCUGGAAUCCAAACGGCAUGCCUCCAGGGUCAGGUCUUCCUCCAACAUCGCCUAUGUCUGGCGCAUCACCAAUGGCAGCUCAAGCACAAUCUAUGAACCCGACUCCAGCAUACACCAUGCAACCCGAUGGAUCUGUUUGGCCAGUACCGCCACAACAACCGUCGCGAACAAUGAGUUAUCCCGGUCAAGCAGACAUGAGCUCAUCGUAUCCGAGUCAAUUCCCGCAACAUCAGCAGCAGCAGAUGCCACCAGACCUCAAGCGAAGGAUGACGACUCCAACACACCACCCCGGAUCAAACCCUGAAAUGCAAGCCGGACCGGGUUCAGUCUCUUACCCACCCCAAGCAGGCAUGGGAUAUGCCCAAUGGCCCAUGAACACUAUGCCCGUGAACGUGGUUCCAUACCCGAUGUACACGGGUGAAGCAGUUCAGCAACCUCCAUACCCCCCAAUGGGACACCCGCCAGGUCGAUCAGGUCCCUAA